UUGUCCUGGUGCGAGCGCUCAGCCUCCAUCACUGCGUCAAUUUCACCUGAUCAAUUACUGCGUGGCCCCAUUAAUCAGCACAAAAAAAAACAACGCGUGGGGAGCGAGGGAAAAAAAGGAGCAGCCUUAUAACAUUUCCAGCUUUAUCAUCAACCCAAUCCUUUCCAUUCAAACUGGAAAAGAACCCAACAAGCUUCGACCUGCUGGUAACGAUGUUGGUUCAGACAAUCUCAGCCCCCACACAAAUGUUGUGUAUUUAAUUUUUAUGUUAGAUCUUUUGACUGGCCGGCUGUGGUUUCAUCGGUGGAUAAGGACUCUUUAUCCCUUUAAGCGUGAAAAGAUCAUUUUGUGAAGAUUUGUUUCACUUUCGCUAAUCAUACAAAGAGGUUUCCAAUAUGGCAAAUCAACUGGCGGCGAAUGGCGAGACCCGGGGGUUCACAUCUAAAAAGGUGUCCACGGAUUAUGAAUCGUCUUUGGAACUCUCCGUACAAGCGCGGAUAUUUAAAAUUAUUGUAAUCGGCGAUUCCAAUGUCGGUAAGACAUGUCUGACCUUCAGGUUCUGUGGAGGGACGUUUCCCGACAAGACCGAAGCCACCAUAGGGGUAGAUUUCCGAGAGAAACCGGUGAAUAUAGAAGGAGAAACGAUCAAGAUUCAGGUCUGGGAUACAGCUGGCCAAGAACGAUUCAGAAAAAGUAUGGUACAACAUUACUACAGAAAUGUACAUGCCGUGGUGUUUGUGUACGAUGUAACAAAACUGGCCUCCUUUGAAAAUCUCAAAGCAUGGAUUCAAGAAUGUAACAGCCAUUCCGUUUCGCCCAGUGUGCCAAGGGUCCUGGUGGGUAACAAAUGUGAUCUCACUAAUGAGAUACAAGUAUCUUCCAACAUAGCACUCCGAUUUGCAGAUGCCAACAAUAUGCUUUUGUUUGAGACAUCGGCAAAGGAUCCAAAAGAAAGUGACCAUGUGGAAUCCAUUUUCAUGUCUCUAGCAUGCAAGCUGAAGGCACAAAAAACAUUGACAUUCCGAGAGAUGGAGAAAAGAGAGGGGAAAGUUCGUGUACAGUCAAAUGCUAAGAAUACGUGUCCAUGUUGAAUGGCUUAGACCAAGGAGCUGAGUGAGACUAAAGCUUUAGACUGUGCCUGCAUCAGUUUGCUAAAACUGCUUGUUCUUUAACAUAUAUGACAUUUGGGAAAAAUCAGUGAACUUUUGGGGUUCCUAAGUCCGAAAAGCUCACUUCAAUCACAGUUCUUUUAUAAUAAAUCUGUAACCCUUUCAGUGAUUUUAAGCUAAUUUUAAGGUAAACAUUGCCAUCUGGAAAAAAGUAUCUUGUGAAAAGCUGCCAAGUUUAUAAAUACACAGUGAUGUGCAGGAUAUUGAGGUGGUGAGAUUGCAUUGCCAACUGUAUUUUUAAAGUUCGGGAUGCAUGAAAUAAAAGGGCUAUUCCCACAACCUUGUGCUCUCUGUGGGAAACAUGUUGAAAGAGAAUGCAGGUCAGAGGUUAAGCAGCAACAUUAUAGUCCUGAUUCUUCAACCUGUUUUCCAUGCACAACUUUGUUGCAUUACUCCACCUAUUGGUUCCAUCAUAGCCAAUGGUUUGAGUUUUGGAGUACGCUGUCCUAGGAACUUUGAUUCUUGAAAGCUACCACUCCUCUGAAAAGCCAAAUAUCAGUAUAUAUUUAGUGGCAAUAUUUGUAAAUGGGUAAAUGUUAUAAUUUUACCAUUUUUAACUAAAUGUAAAAAUGGUUUUCUGGGAGGGAGCGAUCAGUGAAAAUAUUAUUAGUGGCAGUCUCUGGGAUCUUCAUUAGGAUUUCAAACUCUGGGUCAUUUUCAGGCUUUGAGUUUAAGCCUCUGCUUUGAGUUGGUUGAGACCUGGACCAGCUGCAUUGUAAAUUUUUGAGUGAAGCAGAAACUGCUGAAAAUAACAAUGAUAAAUUGCGUGAAAGAUGGAAUUGCUUUAAAUGCCUCAUAUUUUGAGUCUGUGAAGAAAAUAAAACUUUUAAACGGGCCAAUUAACAGUAAUCUGGAAAGACAAAACCAAUUAGUUUUAGUUUUUCACAAUUUUUGACCCACAGAUAAAGUGAUCAGAUUAUGAUUAUUGAUUACCAGGUCAUAACACUUUGAGCUGUGAUCUAAUAAGAAGCGGCUGAAGAAUGGUUCACUUUUUAGCUUUUUUUAAGCAAUCUUUAAAAGUCAAGCCUAUGGAAUGUCCUCCAAUUUGCUUUGAUAAAUGAAAUAUCACAGAAAACUGGGAUAUGGCAUAGGGAAAGGGAACAAAAUUGUACUUGAGUGCAAUUCUUUUCAAGUUUUGAUUUGAUAAGCACUUUAAUCUAAUACAAAUGGUGCUUUGUUUAGUUAAGAGAUUAAAUUUCUCUUAGAAUUAAACAGUUAAAUCUCUGAAAAGAUUUUAAAAACCUGACAUCUAUUCUAAAGACUAAGAUAUUAAAUAGUGGAUUUAAAUGAACAAAAUUGAAAUUAUUCUUUUAGCAUCCCCCAUACUUGCAGGCUAUUUUUACUGAUGGCAACUAAAGUAUAUCUUCACAUUUCAGUACUAAUGGACCUGCAUUUGGAAAUGUGUCAAGCAGGUGAUUUGAAUUGUCCAGUCAAACAAGCCUGGUCAGUAUCUGAACUCUACAGUCUGAUGGUGUUGGAGCUGAGGCUAAAGUACAUGUUAGGGAUAUUGUAGUGAUGGAAGUAUUGUACUGUAGUUAGUGUAAAUUCUUUAUAACUGACACGCGCUCUGAGAACAGUGCAUAUCUGUAAUUUAAUUCAAUGUAACUUGUUUCUAAUUUAAAAGAAAAUGAAGAAUAAAAAUAAAAUAUGAAAAGUAAA